GUCACGUAGAGCGUCCAUUCUGGAUCUGUUGGACUGAACCACAUCGGAUUUCCCACAUUUCAACGCGAAACCUGGUUGUGAAAACACAUGUUGAUGGAGGACGUGCUCCAGGGAAAUGACAGACCAGGGCAAUAACAAUCAGAACAUCUCACAAAACCCCUUCGCAGCUCUCUUCAGUUCCCUCGCUGACGCAAAGCAGUUUGCAUCCGGCCAAAAGCAACGGCGUCAAGCUGAGCAACAAUCUGUAGAUUCAGGAGAGAGCCAGUCUGAGUCAGACAACUCGUCUGACAGCAUCGAUGACAAUGAUGACUCGGUGGCAGAGAUCAGCCAAUCUUUCCGCUCACGACAGGAGCUCUGUGAGCAGCUCAACGUCAACCACAUGAUUCAGAGGAUCUUCCUCAUCACUCUGGACAACAGUGACCCCAGUCUAAGAGGUAGUAAUGGCAUCCCACCACGCUGUGUAUACCUUGAGGAAGUGGCUGCUGAUCUUGAUGGCCAGGACUGGCUUAACAUGGACACCACAGAACAGGCUUUAUUCAGCAGGCUGCUUUUGCAGGAGCCGGGAAACCAUCUCAUUUACAUGACCUCCUGCAGUGUAGUGAAUCUCUCCGCAGAUCGUGAUGCAGGAGAGAAACGUGCCAUACUGUACCUUUACGCUUGCUACUGUAGAGCUAAAGAGGAGAUCACUAAAGUUCCAGAGAAGCUGUUAUCGUAUGCAGUGCACUGCAAAAAUUUGACUGUGUCCAAUGCCCGCACUGUUCUGCUGACCCCAGAGAUCUACAUCAGUCAGAAUGUGUAUGAACAGCUUCUGGACCUGUUGCUGGAGGCUGUGAGAGGAGCCCAGCUUGAGGAAGUUGUGGAGUUUUUGGAUGAGGUUAUAGCUAGUCUGUUGGCUGACCAAGAAGUGCGGACCUUCGGGGAGGUUAUGGUGCCAGUGUUUGAUGUUUUCCAAGGCCGGGUCAAAGACUUAGACCUUUGUCAGCUGCUGCUCUAUUCCUACCUGGAAAUUCUCCUGUACUUCAGUCGGCAAAAGGAUAUUUCUAAGGUUUUAAUGGAGCAUAUUCAGCCCAAAGAUCCUAACAGUGGGAUUCAGUAUCAGAAAACGCUUCUGGGAGCAAUCCUGAAUAUUUCUUGUCUGUUGAAAACCCCUGGUGUGGUUGAGAACCAUGGCUUUUUCCUCAAUCCUUCUCGUUCCAGCCCACAGGAAAUGAAGGUUCAAGAGUCAAAUAUACACCAGUUUAUGGGGCAGUUUCAUGAUAAACUGUAUCAGAUCCUAAAAAACUUGCUUCAGCAGUCUAGCGAAACACGCCACCUGCUGCUCUCGUGGCUGGGUGGCUGCCUGCAGGCCAACAUGGGGCGGGCAAAAAUCUGGGCAAACCAGAUGCCCGAGAUAUUCUUCCAAAUGUUCGCUUCGGAUGCAUUCUUCUUAAAUCUGGGCGCUGCACUGCUCAAGCUCUGCCAACCGUUUUCUCGACCCUACUCGCCCAAACUCCUGACCUUUAACCCCACGUACUGCUUGCUUAAGUCUCUUCCGAAAUAACAAUCUAAACUCAAAAAUAUACCUCCCCCUACAGGUCUGGACAAGGAGACAUGUCUGAUACCUGUACCCCCUCAACAAACGGUUGAAUUUGCCCAAUCAUACAGCCUUCUCACAGAAAAUCUCAUCCUUACACAGCUUACCCUGUACCUGGGCUUCCAUAGACUUCAUGAUCAGAUGGUGAAGAUGAAUCAGUCUCUACACCGGCUGCAGGGGACGUGGCGGGACACGCAGCUCAGUGGAGGCACAGCAGCAGCAGAGCUACGGGAACAGUUUGAACGCCUCAUGACAGUCUAUCUCUCAACCAAGGCUGCUACCACGCAGCUCGCCAUGCUACAAAACUGCCUCAACCUCCAAGCCUCCUGUGCCGCCCUGCUGGUUCAGCUCAGCCUGGGCAACCAGGGGUCUGAGCACAUCCCUCUCAUCUUUCCCUUACCUGCACUACAGAACAGCCUGCUAUGCUUUGUGCCAGAAUUCUUUGCUGAAAACAUGGGCGAUUUCUUCAUAUUCCUCCGCCGCUUUGCUGACGAGGUGUUGGAGUCCUCGGCGGAAAGCUUAGGACAUGUCCUGACCUUCAUCACUGUGUUCAUGGGCAACGUUGAUAGAAUGAAGAAUCCUCAUUUGCGGGCAAAGCUGGCAGAGGUUCUUGAAGCUGUGAUGCCCCAUAUGGAGACUCUGUCACCUGGCACUGUCCAGCCUAUCAUGUUCCAGCGCCAAAGGGUGUUCAGCACAUAUCGGCAUGCACCCCAACUUGCUGAAGCCCUCAUUACAGUGUUUGUGGAUAUAGAGUUCACUGGUGAUCCUCAUCAGUUUGAGCAGAAGUUUAAUUACAGACGACCAAUGUAUGCCAUUCUGAAGUACAUGUGGGGAGAAGAGAGCUACAGGGAGAGCAUUAAGCGUCUUGCCGAUUAUGCAUCUGAAAAUCUUGAAGCCAUGAAUCCACCACUCUUCCUGAGGUUUCUCAAUCUCCUCAUGAAUGAUGCCAUCUUCUUACUUGACGAGGCUAUACAGUAUUUAAGUAAGAUCAAAAUCCUCCAGCUGGAGAGGGAUCGGGGGGAGUGGGACAGUCUGGCCCCUGACGCCCGCAGAGAGAAAGAAUCUAGUCUGCAGAUGUUAGGACAGCUUGGUCGCUUCCACAACAUCAUGUCAAAUGAGACCAUUGGCACCUUGGCUUUCCUCACAUCUGAGAUAAAAGGUCUUUUUGUUCAUCCCUUUCUUGCUGAGAGGAUCAUCUCCAUGCUCAACUACUUUUUACAGCACCUGGUAGGCCCCAAGAUGGGCGCCCUAAAGGUGAAAGACUUCAGUGAAUUCGACUUCAAACCCCAGCAGCUAGUGUUGGACAUCUGUACUAUUUACCUAAACCUGGGAGAUGAAGAAAAUUUCUGCGCCACUGUCCCAAAAGAUGGAAGGUCAUAUUCACCCACUCUGUUCUGCCAAACUAUCCGUGUACUCAAGAAAAUCAACAAGCCUGGCGACAUGAUUGUAUCUUUCAGUCUUUUAGCAGAUAAAAUUAAGUCACUUGCAGACAGGCAUCAGCAAGAAGAGGAGACCUACUCUGAUGCUCCGGAUGAAUUUCUGGAUCCCAUCAUGUCUACGUUGAUGCUUGAUCCGGUGCUGCUACCUUCUUCAAACGUCACAGUGGACCGUACAACAAUAGCACGACACUUACUAAGUGACCAGACAGACCCUUUCAACCGCAGUCCGCUCACCAUGGACCAGAUCAGGCCCAAUGAAGAGCUCAGGCAACAGAUCAUGAAGUGGCUUGCUGAUCAUAAGCAAAGCAACCAGCAAAUGGGACCCAGUGGCUAAACCACAUCACUCCCUUGAGUCCCUUCCCCCAGCACCCAGGCAUGCUCUGUAUGACUAAGCCAUUCAGAUGUUUCUGGCCUCUCUCAUACCGCUUUGAAACAAGAACAUUUAACCACAUUCAGAGGAGCACGCCUGCAUUCAUGCUGUUAAUGUGCUCCUCAAAGGUCAAAUGCAGAUCUCCAAAUGCCAUAUCACUGUAGCAUAUUCGGCUAUCUGUUCUUUCAAACUCCUCUGAGGUCUCCGCAGACAGAACUCAAUAACCGGAGUCACUUUUUCUGUUACAUUUUGCCUUGCAAAGAUGUUCACUGUGGGAAAUGAAACUCGGGCUUAUAGACAGAUGACAGCAUACAUGAGGCUUGCUUACCCAACCCUCUACGGACACCUUGGCAAUUGAAUCGCCAUUGGCUAGUAAAUUUUUUCGUUUACUUGCC